AUGGGCGUUUGGCGCGCCAUGGCGGGCGCCGAGGGCGCAAGGGGCCUGUUCAAGGGAAUGUCUUACCCACUGUACACCACUUCGCUGCAAAACGCGGUCACAUUUCAGUCGCAGCGUGCGGGCGAGCGGGCCCUGGAGGCAGCGGGCGUGCCCAGCAGCAUGGCCACCACGUGCAUGGCCGGAAUGUUUGCCGGCGCCGUCCAGACGUUCAUCAGCUCGCCAGUGGAGCUGCUCAAGAUCCGGCUGCAGCUGCAGCGCGCCAAGCCGGGCGCCCCCGGCUACGUGGGGCCGCUGGGGAUGCUGCGGCGCGUGCUCAAGUAUGAGGGCGUCGCAGUCAGCAGCGGCCGCUGA